AUGAAUUCAGUCAACUUUUCCAAUGUGGGCACUGGAGCCAUGCUCACCGGUGCCAACCCUCAAGGGCCUAUGCAACCCCCUCAGAAUGCCCAGGUUCAACGACACAUCGCUGUAGCUCUACAAAAUCAAGGGCCAUUCACCGGAUGGCGUGCAGAAGUCACCAUUCCAGACCGAGCUGGGAAAAUCCUGCAGAUGAUUACAUCCCUUCGACUUAUACAGCCUCGGAUCGAAAUCCAGAACGCACUCCAGGCAGCUUUGCAGUAUGAGGAAAAGGCUUUCCGUGAAGCCAAUCAGCGAGACGAGUACGAGAAAGAGUGUGCCAGUAAACUCCACGCUAUUAAAGAAACGAGAUCGCGACAACAAGCCGUGUACAACCAAAGCGGAUUAAUGCAGCACGGCGGUACCAAUGGGGGCAUGCCUAGCGUAGUCCAUCCGAACCAAAUGCCCCCGCAAUUCACACCUCAGAUGAAUCGACCGAUGCAGACCUCGCCUAUUCCUGGCCAAAUGCCUAUGCACAUGGGCAUGAAUGAUCCCACCAUGAUUCAGCAACAGCAGCAGCAGCAAGCUUUUGCGCAGAAUCAGAUGGGACAACAACGACUCGCAUCAGGGAUGCCAGUGAUAGAUGAGUUGAGUAUGCUCAGCCAACCCGAUUUCGAACAGAUCAGUCGGCUUGCGGCGCAGAUGAUGUCGAAAAUGACACCCGAUGACCUCGAGAAGCGGAGAGCCGCAGCGACGUCGAAAAUGAGCCCCGAACAAAAGCAAAUGAUUUCACAGAAAUAUGGAGACCCUUUGACUUGGAUGAUGCGACUCCAGAUCUUGAAAAAUAUGAAAGCUCGACGAAGCCAACAGAUUGCUCGCGCCCAAGGUCUUGACCCCAAUGCUUCUAUGGUCGGAGGGGAUACCAUGAUGAACGCAGCUCAACGUCAGAUGGCUCCAAAUAUGAUGGGCCUGCAGCGGAACUCCGCAUUGCCGAUGAACAACCAGCAAGGCUUAGAUCCUUCUUCAUUCAUAAACGUCGAGAACCUUCAAGGGCAGCAAGCGGACGGGCUCCGUUCCCAGGAAGCUGGUCAGCUGGUCGUUCCUGCAAGUACUGCCCCGAUGUCCAGCCAGCCAUCUUUUGCAGACCCUACCGGCCUGUUUCAACAGGGGGCGCCACAGCAGAACACACAGCCAAAUCUCAAUCGCUCAAUCAACCCGCAACAAUUCUUGGCGCAACAGCAACUACAAAAUGCUCAAAGUGCCCAGCAAAUUGGCAUGCAACAAACAUCGCAGUUUCAAGCUCAGAAUCAAGCACAAGCCCAAGCAAGAGCUCAAGCCGCGCAUAAUGCAAAAAUGGCAAUGUCAUCACAGGCUGGAGGACAGACUACUAACCAGAUGAAUCAGAACAUGCCGCACCAAAGUCCAGCCAUGCCAAUGCUCAAUCGCCCAGUCGGCCCCAACAUGUCUCCAGCGCAGGGAGCGGGACAAAUACGACCACCAUCACGACAACUUGGCGUGAACGGGCAGCAACCUGGCAAUCAACAACCGGCAAUGCGACCGCAGAUACCCCCAAACCUUCCUCCGGCCCUCAAAGAGCGAUUAGGGCAGAUGACACCGGAGCAGCUGAAUGCCUUUUUGAUUGCGCAGCAACGUCGUGCUCUAGCAAACAGUCAGGCAGCUCAAGCAGCGCAAGCAGCCCGGGCAGCAAACAGUCAGCAGAUGUCAAUGCAGACGAAUAUGCCGCAGCUACCUCAAGGUGGGCAAUUCAAUGGCCCGAACAUUGGCACAUCGAUGCCUAUGCAACAGUCACUCAAUGGACUGGCUGGAGGAGUGCAGAACAAUGCAAUGCUCCAGGGACAACAAUUAUCGCUGCAGCAACAGCAGCAACAGCAACAACAACAGGCGCUGCUAAGACAUCAACAAGCCCUAAUGCGUUCUCAGAGUCAGAGUAUCGAUAUGAAUGCUGAACAGACCCGAGAAAUGGAUCGCAUGGCCUUCCCCCCGUCGAUGAUUAAUUCCAAUGCAAACAUGAACCCCCCCGUCCCGAAGACAGUGAAGACCUGGGGUCAAUUAAAGGCAUGGGUUGUACAGAAUCCCCAGGUCCUUGGCAACGUCGAUUCAGCCAAAUUACUGGAUCUUCAGCGUCUUCAUUUUGCGCACACCGUAUCACAACAACGUGAAUCUGGGCGAAAUAAUGAACAAGCUGGGCAGCCAAAUUGGCCCGGAAAUAACCAACCGUUCAUGCCUGGUCAGAACGUUACGGGACGGCAACCACAAAGCCAUCCUCCUGGGCCGACUAUCACUCCCGAAGAGAUCAUGAAUGCCCGAAAAAGACUAGGCCCACAGGCUCAGAAUAUGCCUGAUGAGCAACUCAAAGCGUUUCUCCUGAAGAAUAAACAGAAGAUGUGGAUGCAACAGCUUCAAGCUAGAGGACUAGCCAUGCAGCAAAUGAAUCCAGCCCAAAACAUCCAAAACCUAAACCAGACCCAACCUCCACAAGUGACACCGGUGCCCACUCCCAUGCCAGCAAAGCAAACAGUACCUCCAGCAACUCAAGCUCCUCCUCAGCCAGUGCAGACCCCACAACCAACCAACGCCAAAGUCCAGCCAACAUCGUCAGCUGGUAAAGGAGCCAAGGGUGGAGCUGCUGGCAAAUCAACCUCCAAGAAGCGGCCUCACAGUGAUGAUGUCGUUGAGAUUCCAAAUCCCAAAGCCCAGCCACCUUCGCAGGCGCCCCCUCAAGCAGCUACAACAUCUGCUCCUGCACGUCUACCACUCAAUCUCACUAGGGAACAACUUGCUGCUUUAUCUCCUACUCAACGGUCCCAGCUUGAAGCUCACAUGAAACAACAACGACAGCCCCGUCCUCAGUUAUCGAAGAUUGCGGCAGAGGAGAAUUGGAAUGCUACCCUACCUGACCAACUCAAACACUGGUAUAAUGAAAUGGCCAAAGCGGUCAUUCCCAACUCAGGACCCAUGGAUAUUUCCGCGGAGGAUAAGGCAAUAAUGGCUCAGCAGCUACGAGAAUCCACUGACAUGUUAUCAAGAUUGGAUACGCUCGUUCAGUGGCUAAUCAAACUCCCAAAUCAAGAGAAGAAUGUCAAGGCCCUCCUUUCGAUGCGAAUUCAACUUAUGAAGCAAUUCAAAUCGACGGAAUGGACCGUAAAUGAUGAGUUUACUAUUGCUCCAGACUAUUUGAAGAGGUCUAUCGGUAUCAUCAAGAACAUGUUCACUUCGAUGAUCACUAAAGUCCAGAGUCAACAACUACAGCAAGGACAGAAACUAAGGCCUCCAAUACCACCUUCUGGAGGACAACCGCCUCUGAACGCGUCCAAUCUCCAGCAACUUGAAGAAGAAGCGAAACGGGCUCGACGUACACAAAAUCAAAAUGUUCCUGCAGCACCUACUGCCACGCAGCCCCCAUUCCCAUUGGGAGAUCCAUCUCCUCAAGGCGUGCCUCAAGCUUAUGGGCCCGGAGGAUUCUCUCCAGACAAGUUGAAGAUUCCUCCUACAAAGCGUCGAAAGCAGAGUCAUGCGUCGGUUUCGGCUGCACAGGGUGCUGCAGCCGCCAAGGCUGCGUCAAAAGCGGAUGCUGCGAAAGCUUCAUUGUUCAAGUGUGCUGUUGCUGACUGUGAAUACCACGUCAAGGGCUUUUCGACGCAAGCUGCUUUGAGCAAGCAUGUGGAAGAUGAACAUAGGGUCAAAGAAGAAAUCACUGAUCCAUUGAAGUACAUGGUGGACAGUUUGGAUGUCGCACUUGGCGUACCAGAAACAGGCAAAGGGGUCUUGGAGGGCGAGGUUGAUAAGAAGACAAUGCCCAGUGAAACGUCGGUGGUGAAGCAGGAAGUUAAAACUGAAGGCAUCACUCCUGCUAUUAGUGGUGCCACACCAAUGAGUCGUUUGGUCAGUCAGACAGAAGCCAAGAUUAUUUCACCAGCAUCCACCAGCACAAUGACGCCGCGUUUACAGGCUACAAAGACGACUAAAGCGACAGCCACCAAACAAGCCAAAGCCGGUGCUAGGGCGGAGGCAGCGAAGGCCGUUCUUGAACAGCCGCCUAUCACAGAAAAUGCGGUUGCUAAAGACGGAUGGGCAGAUAGCAAGGUGUCUCUCGAUGCUAUCCAAGAGACGUUCGAUAUACCGAUGACUGACAGCUUCCCUGGCAUGGGAGGAGGGGAAUUCUUCGAAAUGUUCCUCAACUCAGACAUGUUUUCGACUCAAAACGAAGAUACGCCGGACUCCAUUGAUAGUAAUGCAUUUGUCACGCAGACACCAAAUGAUGGCGACAUGGCCAGGGAUGACUCGGCAAUUCAGAUUAAAGAUGUUGAAGAAGAUGGCUCUUGGCCUGCUGAUUGGUUCUCUCACCCAGGACCAAUGUUCUCUGGAAAUGCAAAUGACGACCCAUGGAUGGAUUGGGAGACUGUAAACAAAGAGCUGGAGGCGGCACCCCUUGGCAAGGGUAUUUCAUUCUCAGUAUCAUGA